CGUCCAAGAAACAAGUCAAAAGAAACAGAAGCCAACGGCAGUGGAAAAGCGUGUAAAGUGCAGAUAAUUUUUCAAUUUGUAUUUUAGUGUAAAAGACCUUUUUCAAAGCAAUUCAAAAAGUACUGUGGAGCCCAUCCAGCGGCAGGAAAAUUCAGAAACAAGCAGCAUUUGGGUAUUUAUCCUAAACGGUUCGUUUGGAAAGAAUUAGUCCAAAUUGUGUUGCUGAAAAAUAGCGGUGUUGCUUUAAGUUUAAUACAGAAGGCAGCGCAUAAAGGCGAAAGAGAAAGAGCAGAAGACGACGACGAGCAGAACAGGAGGAAUCGCAAACCAAUGCUAUUGCAACAACACCAACAACUACAGUAACAGCAACAGCAACAGCGGUCGACAACUGCUUUUGGUGCUUUUUGCAUUUUGUUUUAUUGGCGCAUACACCCGUCUUGGUAGUUAACGCAACGCGCGUGUGUUUGUGUGGGGGAGAAAACAACUAUAGGAAAGGAGCACAACAUUCAGAUUUUCAAGUCGACUACUGCACGGUGUGACACUGCUUGCAUUGAAAUCUAUAUUUGUGAAAACAAGAAAAAAUAGCCAACAGGACAAGAAGCUGCGACUGAACAAAGUGUCGCGCAAGUUUUUCGUACGUGCAAAGUGUGAAAUUUUACCACUGAAAAAGUUGUAACUGCAUCAGCAGCUGAGAACUAGUGAAAAAAUAAGCCUAGUGCACCAGGAAAAAAUGGAAAAGAGAAUAGAACUGGAAAGACGCGCUCGGAAGGCGAAUCAGAUCACAGAAUUGAACCUGGAUAAUUGCCGGAGUACAAGUAUUGUUGGCCUUACAGAUGAGUACACUGCGCUCGAAUCAUUGAGUUUAAUUAAUGUUGGUUUAACCACAUUAAAAGGUUUCCCCAAGUUGCCCAAUCUGAAGAAACUCGAGCUUUCAGACAACAGAAUAUCAAACGGCCUCAACUACUUGACAACAAGUCCCAAAUUACAAUAUCUCAACCUGUCGGGCAAUAAAAUUAAGGAUCUGGAAACAUUGAAACCACUGGAAGAAUUCAAACAUCUCGCCGUUUUGGACUUGUUCAAUAAUGAAGCAACGCAAAUUGAGAACUACCGUGAAAAAAUCUUUGAAAUGCUGAAAUCUCUGAAAUUUCUCGAUGGCUUUGAUGCGAAUGAUGUCGAAGCACCCUCUGAGGGCGAUGAUGAUGAUGAGGUUAACGGAAACGAUGAUGGUGAUGAGGAAGACAAACAAAAUGCGUUUUGUUUAAAUGGUAUUGAAAUUGAUUUGGAUGAGUUGGAAGAGUUUGAGAGGCGGGUAAAUGCGAAGAAACAGCUGGCAGGUACAGUCACUACAAAUAAGCACAAAACUGAUGACGAAGUCGAUGAUUUAGAUGAGUUGUUGAAGGAAAUUAAGUUAAAAGAUGCUACGGGCAAUUCUAACUGUGAUAAACUGUCAAUGUCGUCUAAGUGCCCAGAUGUAACAGUGGCCAAGCCAGCAGCAGGUGACGGCUCUGACAACAACAUAGACGCUGAUGCAGCUAUUGCACCUCCCUUGCCCUUUGCUAUUAUCCUUUAUUGGUUUUUAGCGAUUUUGAAUCUAGCGAAUGCCACUUUUUAUUCCUGCGAUGAGGAGGAUUACGGCAGCUCCUACGUAUCCACAUCCGAUGUCUCGUUAUCGGAAGUAUACAAUGAAGAUCUGGAAGAGGAUAAUUCCGAAUGGGACGAAGAGAACGCCGUCGAAGAUGAUGACGAAGACACCGAUGAGGAUGAUAGCGAUGGAGACGGGGAUGGUGAAGGCAAUGUGUCGUCUGCCAAGGCAGCUGCAGGCAAGGAAAAAUCAUCAUCAAACUCCGCCGCCGCAAAAGCCGCAGAUGCAGCUGAAGCAGACAACAAAGACGCCGCUGAGGAGGCUGGUGAAGAAGAAACCCAGGCACGAGGAAAGAAAAGAAAGCACGACGGUUAAAAAGUGCUUUAUAAUGGCGACGCAUCAUCGUAGCAUUUGUUUACAAAACUCCAAUUAACGUUUUUUCUACUAUUUUAAUUUAACAAAACAAAAAUGAUACAUUUAAACAGAAACAACAACAAACAUUUCCCUAUCAGUUUAUAUAUCUAUUAAAGAAAAGCGCAAACAAAAAAAAACAGAAAAAGUAUACAUAGAUCAAGUAAUACAAUAAAUAUUGUAAACACAGACCCAUUAAUAUUAUUAAAAAACACUAAAGUUUUGCAAGAAAUAGCAACAGCCACACACACACUACUACCGCAACAAAUCUAUAAGGAUAACAGCCAACUAAAUUCAGACCAACAUAUACUUACAUUGAAGCACUUUGGUGGCGCAAAAAACAUAUAUAGGUAUAAAGCAGGGGAAGCCAAGCAAACUAACGAUAAUGCCGAGCGCACCAAGUAAUCCAUCGAAAAGCAGUUAUGAGAUGAUAAAAUUAAAAGGAGUUAGAUUUUUAAGAUUGGAAAGAGUAGAAAAACAUCGGCAUGGCAAAACAUCUGAGUUAGUAAGAAAAGAGUACAUAAUAAUUACAUAAAGGUUAUAAUAGCGAUUAUUUUAAGCAUGGCCUAUAUAAGGAAGAAAAAUACAUGUAUAAAAAAUUUAAGCAAAACGUGCAACAACUGCUUAAAAGGGAGAUUUUAUGAUGUGCAACUGGAAACACCAACUACCGUAUAUACUCGUAAGGCGUCAGUCGGCAAAUGUCGAAAGCGCAAUUUGUAUUGCGUUCGCGAACAAAUAAUUAAUGAUUGUGUGUUGGCGCCUCUAACCUUUUAAUGCAAAAAAAUCAAGUGAAAGUAAAUCAAAAAAUAUCCGGGCAACAAAUACCAUCAGCCGACCUACAUAUUAAUAAAAAAAAAAAUAUUGUUUAUUGUUUAGUAGCAUUAAUUAGUUACUUAUACAGUAAGUUUAUUAAUAUACAUACCAACAAUACGAAGCGGAAGGCAUAAGCGCUACUUUCUUAAGAGAUGUUUUCAAAGUUUUCAUUUGUGACACAACGCAUAGGACUUCUUAUAUACAUAUACACUCGUGCAUACAAAUUAUUGUUCUUUUGCAUUGAUUAAAUAUCUAUUGAUUUAUGCAUCCUAACAGCCAGUGUUCAUUGUGUAUCUUAAAAUUGUAAAACUUCGCACAUUUAUUACAAGAUCCCGGUUAUAUUUUUGGUCUAUUUACAAUACAUAAUUUUUGAAAAUUGCGAUUGAUUUUUUAAUUGUUCAGCACGAAUUUCUUUUCCGUUACCACAAUUUCUUUUCGCAACCUUAAGCCCUACCAUAUUAAUAUUUUUAUUUUUAACCUCCAUUCCUGCCACUAUAUCCUUUGCAUCCGAUAGCACAUUUUCUAAAGUGCUGAAGUUGAUGUUGAAACCAAGCAUAUGCAAGUACUAAUUUUAUACUCUUAAGACAUUUUCAUAUAGCAAUGAGAGAAUUUUCGACACAGGACAAACUGUAUUAUUUGACCGAAAUAAAAAAUAAAGUCAUUUUAAAUAAA